ACCCCGCACCCCGCCCCAUGCCCGCAGAGCCCUGGGCCCGCGGCCGCCGCGGGAACAUGCUGGAGUCCAUCCGUGUGACAGAAAAACUUCACUGGCCUGAACAUGAACUUGCUAAGAAGUCUGUUCUAAAUGCAGAAGAAUCAUUGACCGCUGACAGCAAAAGAGUAAUCUCACAUUUAUCUCCUGGAAUACUUAAGGACAUUUUCACGACUGGAACCAGUAGUUACAAUGUCCUAUUACAGAGCAAAGAGGAGAAAAGGCAUCAUUCACAAAAACAGUCUUCCUCUGCCUACUCCAAAAGAUGCAGAAACCUCAGCAAGACUCCUAGCUCUUCUCAUAGCAAAGAUCUUCACAAGCUGAAAACUGCAGUACCUGUGGUGAACAGUGGUACUUUCUCCUGCCCAGAAAGGCAGCCUACUGAUCUUGUCACAAGUUCAAGUCCUAUAAAGUUCAUACAUGAUUCAAUCUCUGUUACAGGGAACAGCAUAGUAUUGCCGCCUAAACCGCCAAGCAAAGCCAAGCAACGCAUUUUCUCUACUCUCCCGAAGCCAAAGCCUCAGCCUCAGCUGUCUAGAAGUUUUGAGAAAGGAGAUGACUUUUCUGGAAAGAAAUUUUGUAUUCUGACUGCUAUAAAACCCACCAACUUGGAGAAAGAAAAACUGAAAUUCUUCAAGUCUGACUAUACCUACAACCCUCAAUUUGAAUAUGCUAAUCCUUACCUGCCAAGCGUGUUGGCUAAGCACAGCCAUGCUUCUGACCAAUUCCUUAAGCAGUCCAUCAACAUCAUGGAACUGACUUUACAGAAAUACGGAAGUUACGAAAAGUUUGAACAGGCCACUGGUGGUAGCCUGCUGUCUAAAACUCGAAUCUGGAGUCAUGUUAGGAGGUACAUGCUGAAAGAAGGCUGCCUGGGUGAGAUCGUGGUUCAUCUCACCGAGGACCUGCUUUCUCGAGCUUCCAUGACAGUAGUCAAUGGAUGUCCGACGUUGACCAUUAAUGUUUCCACUGCCCGUGAGCAUUGGCUGGAGGGAAUGCUGAGACAUGAAAUAGGCACACAUUAUUUCCGAGGUAUAAAUAACCUCCAGCAGCCAUGGAACAGUUGGUCUGGCCGUAAAAAACAUGAGCUAAAGCCAAACAACCCCACAGAGGAAGGACUGGCAAGUAUUCACAGCGUCCUGUUUAGGAAAGACCCUUUCUUGUGGCGAGCUGCCCUCCUGUACUACACUGUCCAUCAGGCCAGCCACAUGUCUUUUUGCGAACUCUUCCGCGAUAUCGGAAAAUUUGUCAAGGACCCCAACACAAGAUGGGAUUACUGUGUGCGAGCCAAACGGGGAUGGACCGACACUGCUCAGCCCGGAUGUUUCAGCAAAGACCAGGUGUACUUGGAUGGCAUCCUGCAGAUCCUGCGGUACCGACAGAGCAUCGACUUUCACCUGCUGACGGCUCUGGGGAAGGUCUCUUACGAAGAUGUGGAUCGGCUGAAAGGAUUGGCGGCGACUGAGAACACGAGGGUCCCUCACUUCCUGCAGGACUACGACCGCUACAUGGAGCAGUUAGACAAGAUCAUGGGCGUGAACGAGCUGAGCGACAGGGAACUGCAAGAGCUCAUCCCCUGAGCGGCUGGGACAGGCGGCUUCACUGUGCCUCUGGGGCAGGGCCGCUCGGUGUAGAUUCAGAGAGAGGGAGUGUGACUCCAGUGUCCUGAGGGGUCUGCAAUGCUCAGCUGAAGCUUUAGGUUGAGUACAAACCCUGGACUUUUUCUGAAAAAAAGCGUUCCCAUAGGCUGCGAGGCAAAGUGAAUCCUUCUUCUGAAUCUCAACAGAAUCAGAUUGAAAUACUACUGAUGGGUAUUUUUGAAGAACAUUGGUCACAGGGAGCAGUAAACUUCCUGAGCAGUAAGCACGGGUCUCUGUUCAGUUUCUUCCUGCCCAGCAAUGCCCGCUCUCCCCAGAGGCUGUUUCAGUAUUGCUCACUCACAAGAUUACAGCAUCACUGGGAAGAAGGACUAACACUCCUUUGAGAAAAUCCUUUUGUUAUAGUGCUCCCCCAACAAUUAGUCCCACCUGAGAUUAUUCCUUCUCCAUGUUAAGUAAGGGUAAAAAGGAGGGGAGGAGCGUUUGGAAAAGUUUUCAAUCUUAGCUUCUCAUCCACACAUUUCUCACUCUGAGCUUAUAGGAGUUAAAAUAGAAAAUCACCUGAUGUGUCUGGUUAUCUCUUAUGUGUUUUUAUAAAUAGUCCAGGUUUUGGAAAAGUGUGUCUGCAUCCAUUAAAAUGGAGAAGAAAGCAUCUACUCACUGUUCUGUCAAACAGAACAACUAGCAGGCUACAGACAGAGCUAGUUCACCUCAGAGCUAGAUAUUGUCUGGGUCGUGGGUAAGGUAAACUUGAAGAGACUCACCAAAAAUGAUAAUUCUGGCUAUUUCCAGUUGAUAAUGGGAAUGACAAUUGAUAAUGGGAAUGAUAUUGUCUCAGUGGAUCUUAUCAACGUCCUAGACUCCUUCAACCCAAUAGUAAUGCAGUUCGAAUUUUAAACAGUGAUGCUUUGCUCUGUUUCUUCUGCUGAACGAUUAUAUAUGUAGUCUUAACAGUGUACCAGCUUUGAUAUGUACUUGGGAUCAAAUGAUUCUUCUAGCAAUUUAUAUUAAGGAUCAGAGAGGAUUCUGCUAUAAAUACUCACUCAAAACUGUGACUGUAUUUCCUACUCAAAGUUAUCUGAGAGUUUACCUCAAUUCAGGCUGGUGUAUGGUGCUAACAGUGGUACACUGCAAAACCUGUUCCAAAGUCCUGUUUGGAAGCAGACCAGCUCAUGUAAAGUUUCUCUUUCACAUAGAUAGAAGGCCCUGCCUCAAGAAUGUCGCAGCUGCAGGAGAGACUCUAACUGGCACCUGACGGGCCUUCAGAGCCGAGCAUGACUCCACUGGCAGUAGCAAAGCCAGGUCUCUGGAGCAUGGAAGGUGCCUACAGGCAUGUCAUGCCUUGUGCCUGAACACUGCAGGGUGGCCCAACACUGACACCAGAAAACACUCGAGUUUGAGCAUGUUACUUCCUUCUGGCAGGGCCUUGCCAGUUCAGCCUUGUGUACUGUCUUCUGACUGUGACUUGAGGUUUACCAGAGGUGACAGUGAAAAGUGUCCACUAACUAGAAUUGAAGAAAAGGCAAAACUGGCAACAUGGAUGUCCUGUGAUUUAAGUCAGCACGCAUGUAAACUCAGCAUCUGUAGGCAGUGAAACUACUGAACUCCGUGUGGCUUAAACAGAAGGGAAAACCAGACACCUUAAUUUCCUUAAUGGUUUGCAGUGGUUCUGAUCUCUGGAUUUUUAAAUGGACAGAUAUUUUCUAUCUGGUUUGGAAAAGAAGAAACUUUCUUGCCUUACUGCUUUGCUAUAAAGACACAAAGAAAAAAAAAUAGAACAAUUGAAAUUAAAAUGAUACUUUAAAUUACAUAGAUUGUCUUACAGUAAUUUUAAAGUUGGCAAUGAACCAAAAAUAGCUUCAAUUUAGCAAAAAUGUCUAAGGUGCACUAAGCUUUACAAGUUGAGAUUGAAGAUUUAAUAUUUAUCCUCUUCUGAAACAUCAAAGUCAUUUUUGCUCCCUAAAAUAAAAAGUUUUAGUAAAUAUAAAAUUAUACAGGCCAUACUUAGGAGAGUAGUUGAAGAUCGUAUUACUUCUCAUUAUUAUGGUUAUUUGCUGAAGACUAUUGAUUAGAAUUGCAUCAGUUUUGUUCAUUGUAAUUCUAAUGUUUGUAUGAAAUACAAAGACACUUGUUAGGCUUUCACAUCAGACAGCAUUCAACAUUAAUGUCUGUAAGCAAAUCAGUAGUCCUCACUUUAUAUUUUCACCUUUGUAAAAGUUAAAAAUUUGUAUUGUUUGUAUAUCUUUGGACAGUUUAUGUCAUCUGAAGUAGAAGUAAGUAGCACUGAGGUUCUCCGGUGAAGUCUGUGGAUAUGUACGUAUGUGAACUUCUGUUCUUUGGAAACCUAAUUAUAUUUUUAUUAUAUUAUAGCACU